UGUCUUAGCUCUUCUGAGGAAGUCGGAAGUUGUUGCCUGUGCUGUGCAUUGGGUUCUGGGGAGGAUCCGGAUCAGCUCAGCAGCUGCACCAUGGUGAGCGAGGCAUUGCUUUCCACAGACAGGGAGGAGUGGCCGACCAUGGAUUCCUGGAGCUCAGCCCAGUGCUUGGCCAUGUAUCCCUGCAUCUGCUUCCAUCAGUUACUGGAUGAAGGUUCUCUGAUGACAAUUAGGGUAGUCACCAAUCUGAUUACAGGAGAUGGCCAGUUCAGGUACCCUCUCCACUAUGGCUAGGAGUCCUAGCUGGGGUCAUCCUUGUGGAUUCCUAAUGCAGUGACCUAUGAUGAUGUGCAUGUUGACUUCAGUCGGGAAGAGUGGGCUUUGCUGGAUCUUUCCCAGAAGAGUCUCUACAAAGAUGUGAUGCUGGAGACCUAUUGGAACCUCACUGCUAUAGGGUACACAUGGGAAGAUCAUAAUAUUGAAGAACAUUGUAAAAGUUCUAGAAGACAUGGAAGGCAUGAAAGAAGUCAUACUGGAGAGAAACCUUCUGAAUACAUUCAAAGUGUUAAAGUCUAUGCAUAUCAUAAUCAUCUUCAAAGAAAUGAAAGAAUCCAUACCGGAGAGGAACCCUAUGCAUGUAAUCAAUAUGGUAAAGUCUUUUUACAGGACAGUAGUCUCCAAACACAUAAAAGAACACAUACUGGAGAGAAACCCUAUGAAUGUAAUCAGUGUGGUAAAGCUUUUGGACGUCACAAUCAUCUUCUAACACAUACAAGAAUACAUACUGGAGAGAAGCCCUAUGAAUGUAACCAAUGUGGUAAAGCCUUUUCACGACAGAGUAAUCUUCUAACCCAUAAAAGAACACAUACUGGAGAGAAACCCCAUGAAUGUAAUCAAUGUGGUAAAGUCUUUUCACAACACAGAUAUCUCCAAAUACAUAAAAGAAUACAUACUGGAGAGAAACCCUAUGAAUGUAAUCAGUGUGGUAAAGCCUUUUCACGACAGAGUAAUCUUCUAACCCAUAAAAGAAUACAUACUGGAGAGAAACCCUAUGAAUGUAAUCAAUGUGGUAAAACCUUUGCAUUUAGUAGUAGUCUCCAAAAACAUAAAAGCACACAUACUGGGGAGAAACCCUAUGAAUGUAAUCAAUGUGGAAAAGCUUUUUCACAAAAGUGCCAUCUCCAAAUUCAUAAAAGAACUCAUACUGGAGAGAAACCUUAUGAAUGUAAUCAAUGUGGGAAAGCCUUUGCGUGUCAUGGUCAUCUUCUAACGCAUAAAAGAACACAUACUGGAGAGAAACCCUAUGAAUGUAAUCUGUGUGGUAAAGCCUUUGCAUGUGAUAGUAGUCUCCGAGUACAUAAAAGAUCACAUACUGGAGAGAAACCCUAUGAAUGUAAUCAGUGUGAUAAAGCCUUUGCACGUUAUAGUCAUCUCCUAAUGCAUAAAAGAACACAUACCGGAGAGAAACCCUAUGAGUGCAAUCAGUGUGGUAAAGCCUUUGCGCGUUACAGUCAAGUUCUAAUGCAUAAAAGAACACAUACUGGCGAGAAGCCCUAUGAAUGUAAUCAAUGUGGUAAAGCCUUUGCACAUCAUAGUCAUCUUCUAAGGCAUAAAAGAACACAUACAGGAGAGAAACCCUAUGAUUGUAAUCAAUGUCAGAAAGCCUUUACAUGUAACAGUAGACUCCAAAUACACAAAAAAACUUACUCUGGAUUGAACCAUGUGAAUGUAAUCAAUUUGCUAAAGCCUUUGGACAUUACUGCAGUCUUUGAAAUCAUGAGAAAAAAAUCAAACUGCAGAGAAACCCUAUGAAUGAGGUCAGUGUGGUAGGGUUUUGCACUUCAUGGUAGUCUUUAAACAAGAGUAAAAAAGUUUUACUCUAAAGCAUUCUUUUAAAUGCAAUCAUUCUGUUAAAGCCUGUACAUACCACAAUAGUCUUUGAGAAUGUGAAAAAAACUCAUACUGAAGGGAAUCUGGCUAUAAAGGAUUUGGUAAUAUCUUUACCCAACACAUUUACAUAAUACAAGAGUAUUCUGGAGAAAAAAAAUCUGACAAUGUCAACAAUCUAUUCAAGUACUAUAAUGCCUCUAUUUUGUUUGUACCUGCAAACUCAUAUGGACGAAGCCCUACACAUUUAAAUAAUAAAGUAACCCUUUUAGGUUUCAUACAUCUCUUCAGUGACAUGAAAUAACUAAUUCAGGUAUGAAUGUGUAUUUGUUCCUUUUCUGUUGUGAUAAAACAUAAUGUCUGCUUCAACUUAUGAAAGAGUUUGACUCUUGGUUCCAGAAGGAUACAGGAUAACCAUGAAAGUGGCAUGGCGACAGGUGUCAGACAUGUCAUCUAUAGCAGAAGGCUAUGAUCUCACAUACUCAACCCGCAGCAUGGACCAGAGAGUGGGAACUGGAAAAAGUGUGCAGAUGUAAAUUAUGAAAGCAUACCCCCAGUUACAUAUUUCCUUCAGCAGGACGUUGUAUGAUUUUGUGUGUGUAUGUGUGUGUGUGUGUGUGUGUGUGUGUGUGUGUGUGUGUGUGUGCAUGCGUGUGUGUUCUGAUAAAUAAAGCUUGCCUGGAGAUCAGAGUAGAGCUAGCCACAAGUUAACCAUAGAGGCCAGUCUGUGGUGUGUCACACUUUAAUACCAGCAAUUGGGAGGCUCACACCUUUAAUCCCAGCAAUCAGGAGGUAGAGAUAGGAGUCUAAGGUGGGUGCAGACAGGAUCUCAGCCCCCAUUCUGUCUGACAAUCUGGAUAGGUAAGAAGUCACUAGUGGCUUCUCCUUUGCUUCUCUGAUCUUUCAGGUUAUUACCCCAAUAUUUGACUCCUGGUUUUUAUUGAUAAGAUGCAUCAGGAUCACACUUCAUCUGGUGUCUAACUUUUGGGGCAUGAAUUCAUGAAGAAGCCACUUGCCAAUGGCUUUGUAGCCACUGGCACAAGCCACAGCUACACAUAGGGGCUCCCACCAGAGUCACUGCUUCAUGGGCUAGGUUUUCUUUUUCUCCCCAAGCCCUCUGAGCAAGUUUGGGAUUUUUCUGUUGCAGGCUCUCUGCAGCAAACUCUAUAGGUGCUUGGGCUCCAAAUCCCUCUGAAGUUAGCCCCUUACCACUGGCCAGCUCUGCCUCCAGGCAGCUUCCAUUGCACAUGAUUCUUUCCCACCAUCCCCUGUGCGUUUUUCAGACAGCCAGUUCCCUCUCCUGGUGGGUUGUGGGAAUUUUCUGGACCCCCUCCUCAGGCUUCUGCCACACUAAGAAGCUGCCUUGACACCUGGCCAGGCUUUUACUGUUCUAUGCAGCAGCAAUCAGCCUCACACUUCACCAUCAUCUUCACUGUCAUCAGCAGAAUUGGUGAGAGAAUUGGGAGUUCUUAAAGGAGGAAACUAGUUUUAAAAAAGUUUUUCCCCCACAUUAAAAGAUGGGAAACACUAUUACAAUGGAGGAAGUUAGGUCUCUGUAUGGUUACAGAUGGUUUAAAAAUGGAACAAUUAAAUGAAGGAAUAAACAACUGAGAUGGACAUAGUGUUACUUAUCAUUUUGAUAAUUCUUAUUUUCGGUUUGAUAAUUCUUGGUUUAUCCCUAAAAAAGUUGGUUGAUAAUGAAUGCCAAGAUAUAGGUCUUAGAAAAGUUUACUAAAAUAGACCGUAGAGAUAUUCAGGCCCAGUCAGAGGAAUUUAAAGGAAAUCUAACCACAACAUUACAUUAAAAAAUUAGAAACAGCCCAAGGUUAACAAUCAACCUUAAUUUAUCCAGUCACCUUACAGAAAUAACUGCAAAAUAACAUAUCCCCAACGCUGUGUAAGAGCUGACUGGAUUUAAGGAAACAAUAGUCUCAUGGUAUGAAUUCCCUUUUUGUAAAGCAGGCAUUAAAUUCAUGGUCCACUAGUAACAGAAAUGUCCCACAAGACUGGAAAGACUUGGUUACAGCAGAAUUGGAGCCUUGUCCUCAAUUCCAGUGGAGGACCUGGUGGAAAGAUGAGGCUAGGACUAUUAAACAUGAAGUAGGGCUAGAGGUAUUGAAAUCUCCCAAGACCAACUUUGUGGAGAGGGCAAUUAUGUUGAUGCAUAAAGAUAGUCUAUAUAAUGACCACUCCCUAGCUCUAUGCCAUGAAGCAGCUUUGAAUGCUUGGGACAGAAUUUAAGUCAGAAAGAGAACUGAUUCAUUUACUAAAGUUAUAUAGGGCCCAAAAGAAACCUUCACUGAUUUUUUUUUUUUUUACAAAGAUUGAUUUCAGCUGUAAAUAGAAUGAUACCAAAUCAGGAAGCUAGACAAAUGCUAACUGAAAUCUUUGGCUUUUGAAAAUGCUAAUUCACAAUGCAAAAGGGUAAUAAGGCCUUUAAAGGCAAGAUCAGUACCUAUAGAGGAAUGGAUGCGAGAUACAGUCAAUAUCUCAUAACCAUGAUGAUGCUUGAAUGGGAGAGAUGAUUUCCAGAAGCUUGAAGAAAAAUCAAAAUGUCACGUGUUUUAAUUGUGGCAAACAAGAUCACCUAAAAAGGGAUUGUAGACAGGGCAUUCCUAGAAACAAUGUUUUCUCUGGGAAAAUGCAAAGAGAAGGCCCCUCCCUUCUGGAUUAUGCAGAAGGUGCAACAAAGGCUGACAUUGGACAAAUGAAUGCAGAUCAAUAAGGGACAGACAGGAUAACCCUUUGCAGUCAGAAAAUGCCUUGGGGGGCCUCUCACAGGCCCCCAUGUCAAAUUUGUUUCACUCAUUCCUGAUCACCAUGGGGGAAACUCCUCCUCAGAGCAAGUAAAGGAUAUAAUGCCUAUUGUAAAAAACCAUACUGCUCUGGAUGAUAGAACAGCUUUAGAAGAUAAAACAAAAAUUUCAGGAGAAUGCAAGUAUUUUGGCAGAUUUCUAUAAUUGAUCAAAGAUCAAAGCUAAAAAUAUGAAUAAAUGACAGUGUAAUUGAAGGUAUGUAGAUAGGGGCAGAUGUAAUAAUAAUUGCAACAUAAUCUUGGCAUCUAAAUUGGCCUCUUCAGGAGGUAAAUGUUCAGCUUUUAGGGAUUGGAACUUUAUCUUGGGUAAAACAAAGUGUGACGCAAAUGUAUAGGGCCAGAAAGACAGAGAAGAAAUCAUAAAUUAAUGUAUGUUUCUGGGGAAACUGUUAGAAGGUAUUAAAAAGAAUAGCCAUUGACCAUUCAAGUUGUACAAAAACAGGGCACAACAGCCAUUGAUCUUUCAAAGGUACCAACAGCCCUACUUUUAGUUGAUUGAUAGACCUGCUUGGAUGGAACAAUGGCCUUUGACAUCAGAGAAAUUACAGGCCUUAGAACAACUGGUACAGGAGCAGCUAAAUGCUCAACAUGUUGAGGAAUUGAACAUUCCUUGGGAUUCUCCUGUAUUAUUGAAAAGAAAUCUUGAAAAUAGAGAAUGAUAAUAGAUCUAAGAGCUGUUAAUAAGGUGAUUCAGCCAAUUGGCUCUUUACAGCAUGGAAUUCCCCUGCCUUCUCUGUUAUCUAAAGUAUGGUCUAUUAUAGUUAUUGAUUUAAAACACUGUUUUUUCACUAUACAUUUACAAGAAAAAGGACAGAGAAAAAUUUGCCAUUCUGGUGCCUACUUAAAAUGAUUCUCAAUCUGUUAAGAGAUAUUAAUGGAAAGUUCUCCCCAAAGAGAUUUUAAACAGCCCUACCCUGUGCCAAUAUUUUGUUCAAUAGUCAUUGGAAAUAAUUCAUGUACAGUGUCCUCAAUCUAUAGUUUAGCAUUAUAUGGAUAACAUCUUACUAGCUGAUUCAAAUGUAGAUACUUUAGAGAAAAUGUUUGAAGAACUAAAGAAAAUUUUGCCUUGUUGGGGAUUACAAAAUUGUUCCUGAAAAAAUACAAAGAAGAGAUUCUACUAAUUAUUUAGGAUAUAAGUUUACAAAAAUUAAAUCCAAAAAAGGUACAUAUCAGGAGAGAUCAAUUGAGAACUCUUAAUGACUUUCAAAAAUUGUGGGGAGACAUUACCUAUUUACAGCUAACUAUUGGAGUAACAAAUCAAGAACUGAGUAAUUUGCUUGAAACUUUACAAGAUGACAAACACUUAAAUAUUCCAAGAAAAUUAUCAGCUGAAGCUGAGAGAGAAUUGGUUUUGGUGGAAAAGAAAUUACAGGAUGCACAUGUGGAUCCUGUGGAUCUGGAACUUUAUUGCAUCCUGGUUAUUUUACCCUUUAUACAUUUCCCUAUAGGUAUUUUAAUGCAGCAAGAAGACAGUAUCUUAGAAUGGAUACUUUUUAAUCACACAAACAAAGUAAAAUGUUAAAGACAUAUUUGGAAAAGGUUUUGAGUUGAUUCAAAAAGGAAAAUUAAAACUUUGUCACUUGACAGGAAUGGACCCAGCAGAAAUUGUAGUACCUUUUGUUAAUGUUGAAAUUUCCUCUUUAUCAGUAGAACUAACUAGAUCCUCCCUCACAUUGUGUAGGGAACACCAAUUUCUGGAGCCCCUACAUUUUAUACUGAUGCAAACAAAUCAGGAAAAGCAGGUUAUAAAUCAGUUAUAAAUCAGGAAAUUUAAGUGGCUCAAAGCCCUUAUGAUAUUGUCCAAAAGUAAAAAUUAUAUGCUAUUCUGAUGGUAUUAAUGGAUUUUAUAGAACCUCUUAAUAUAGUUACUAACUCUCAAUAUGCAGAAAGAGUUGUUUUAUAAAUCAAAACUGAUGAACUUCUUCCUGAUGAAUCAGAAUUAACUUCAUUAUUUAUAUGAUUACAGGAACUAGUGAGGAAUAGGAAUCAUCCCAUAUAUAUGACACAUAUCAGAUCCCACACAGGUCUGCCAGGCCUCUAGCACAAGGUAAUAAUGACAUUGAUCAGUUAUUAGUAGGAAAUGUGCUGGAGGCCUCAGAAUUUCAUUGAGUGCACCAUGUCAAUAGCAAAGGCCUGAAAAAGGAUUUUUCCAUCACUUGGCAAGAAAACAAGGAAAUUAUAAAAAAAAAUACCCUACUUGGUACUUGUAUAACUAAACCCCAGUAUUUGCAGGAAGUGUCCCAAAGGGUACUCAAAGAAAUAAAAUUUGGUGAAUAGGUGUGUCUCAUUUUGAAGAGUUUGAAAAAUUAAAAUAUGUUCACCACAUCAUAGAUACAUAUUCAGGAUUUCAAUGGACACCUGCUUUGAGUUCUGGAAAAGCUGAUUCUAUAAUCACACAUUUGUUAGAAGUUAUGACCAUCAUGGGUAUACCUGUACAAAUUAACACUGACAAUGCUCCAUCGUUGGUCUCUAGUAAAAUGAAACAGUUUUUUGCAUAUUACAACAUAAAGUAUACUACAGGUAUACCACACAAUCCUAUAUGGCAAGCAGUUAUAGAAAGAUCUAAUUGAACUAUAAAGGAUAUGCUAAAUAAACAGAAAGGGUUAAUAAAGACUCACAGAGAUAGAUUGUAUAAUGCUGUAUUAACUUAAUUUUCUAGAUGGUAAUGAGAAAGGAAUAACAGCUUCAGAAGGACAUUGAAUAAUAGAAAAAAACUACAGAAUUAAAUCAGCAUAUAUACUUUAAAGAUGUGUUGAUCUCAGAAUGGAAAUCAGGAUAUGUAUUACAUUGGGGAAGAGGUUUUGCUUUUGUUUCUCCAGGAGAAGAAAUGCUAUCAAAGGAACCAUCAACAUUGAUAAAGAUUAGAUUUCAACAAGAAUGACCUCUUGAUUAGAAAAGAUGAUAGUUCAUCAACCAGCAUAACCAUUCAAUCUAAACUAACAUAUAAGACUAACAAAUGCUUUUCAUUUGAUCAGAUAUAACUUGCCAAAAGGGAGAAUCCCCAAAGUCAGGGUUAGGGCAGGGUUUUGUUUUUGUCUUUCCAGGAGAAUGGAAGUAAUCAGCCAAGGAAUCUGAAGACCACUGGACUAAUGAGAUAUCUGAAGAAAAAGGACACAUCAUCCAGAAAAAAAAUGUCCCAAGAAAAAGAGCAAAUUGACCUAUUGAUAUAUCACAUUUCCAACAGGAUAAAAUUUCAUAAAUAUUUCCAAGUGUUAGUUUCUGUUGUUCUUUACAGAUGCAUAAUGCAAAUAGUCUUUUUAUAGUCCCAGUUCAAUUAGAAAUUAAAGCUGGCUUUCAAUUUGGAGUGUAGCUCUCUCCUCUAAACCCAAGCAUUCUUGUUAAAAGGAAAAUCCAAAAUCUCACUCUUAUGUCAGAAGAUCCACCUGAUAUGGGAUAGAAGAGAAGCCAAAAUUAAGGGACUAUUCUAUUGACAUUAAUCCCAUAAUCUUUUGGUUAUAUUUGGACUCAUAAAAUUUUCUUGGUGUUGUUUGAAUCUUAAGUGGUCUUACAAUAAAAAACCCAGAGCUGGGUAUCAGGGUGAAAGCUGAAAGAUCAGAGAAGCAGAACCGCCAGCCACUAGCUCUUAACUCUCUGAAAUCCUCAGUCUAAAGAGAAUGAGUUCCUGUUUCCUUGUGCCUUAUAGAUCUUUCUCUGCUCAGAUACACCUUCCUGGGAUUGAAGGCAUGUGUUCUUCCUAGUACUGGGGUUAAAGGUGUGUGCCACCACUGCCUGGCUCUGUUUCCAGUGUGGCCUUGAACUCACAGAGAUCCAGAUAAAUCUCUGCCUCCCAAGUGAUAGGAUUAAGGGUGUGUGUCACCACUGCCUGACCUCAAUGUCUAAUCUAGUGGCUGGCUCUGUUCUCUGAUCCUCAGAAAAGUUUACUAGGGUAUACAAUAUAUCACCAUAUUAAGUUAUAAAUAUUAUAUCAAAAUUUAUAAGAUUAAUAUAUAUUAAACUUUUUGUCAUGAUAUUUAUGGUCAUAUAGAGUACUAACUAAUUCUAGAAAAGGGCUUCAUCUAGCUUCCUGUACAUGAUUUUGGGUUUGAGUCUCUAUCAGGUAACUAGGAAUUAAGUUUUUGUACAUUUGGAUGUAUAUAACAUAUUAUAGUCCUUUAACUUCUUUGAAAUCUGCUGCAUAUGACAUUUAAAAUGUUUAAGUUUUCUGUAUGACCAUGCCUAAAAACAACCUUUUAAUGCUCCAAAAGGAGGAUGGGGCUCCACUACAAUGAUUCCACCUGGACUGUGGUAGUGACACUAAGCUGACAAACACCACCUAAAGAUCUGCUUUGGACUACAAACUGCUCAUGAGAAUUUCAAGUUGACUGGCUGAGAUGAUCCAGCCUCACAGACUACUCUAGCCAGUACUUGAGACAAGCUCUUCACUUUACACAAAGACUGGACAACAAAUGAUAUAGCUAGCUCUCCCAGUACUUGACAGUUAUCCAUAUUUUUUUCAGGGUCUCCUAAAGAUGACCUUACCCCAGACAGCAAGAAGUAAUUUUAAGAACAUGAUACCCAAAUUCCCAAGAAGUGAUGUGGGAGGUUUUGGGGCAUUCAGUGGGUUAUGGAUAUUUGUUAUUGGUUAGGAGGGUUGGUUACAAGUUGUUAUUGGGAAUGGUCAGGAAAAAAGCUGAACAAAGGAGAUUAGAUUCAGGGAUCUUUCUAAAAAGAAAAAGGGGAUAUAGAAAUAAGAUAAAAUGGUAUAUUAUUGAAUCUACGUUUAAAGCAAAAAAGCAACUACUAAUUUAAAUAUUUUACAUUGAUAUGGAUUUUUGUAUAUUGAUACCAAUUUAAAAUUAUUUUGUUUAUAACAUACUGUACAUACAUUUCUACUCUUAUUCAAGGUAUUGUACCUAUACAGCUCAUCUGACAUGUAAUGUAAAUUUCUCAAGUUAUUAUUACAAAUUAUUUAUGAUAAUAAAGAAAUGCAGGUUAGCAGUUAGUCAUUUAUUAUAAUCAAACUUGUAGUCAUGUUAGGUAGGUCAAACAGAAAUAUAUUUUAGAUAGGCAAGUGAUCUUCAAAUACUUUAGAGAUCUACAGAAUAUGACAUUUAAGGUGUUUUAAUAACAUUAGUUUUUUAUGACAGUGAGACAUGUCUGCUGCUGGCAGCACUGAUCUACUUCAGAGAUGAUGAUGGGCAUUGAAGAAACUCCAUAUGGAGUUUACUUCCUUUGUGGCAAAAGUUAUCCACUUGGCAAGGAACUGCCAUUGCCUUGAACUGAAUGCUGACAGCAUGCUGUCCAAGUUGGAUGAGCAGGACAGAAAAGAAAGUGACUUCUGAACUUUGCCAAACAAGGCAGGACAGUCCUUCAAAAAUCCUGCUUCACAGAUAAGUCUGUCAGAUAUUCUAGGCCUGUAGGUUGAAGAUGUAUGCUCCAACAUUGCAGAGGAAACUUGGAUUCCAAAACAUCAGAGAGAUUUACCCACGUUGCCUGCAGAGGACCUGUAUUGUAGUUGGGCACAUCACAAUGAACUGAUUUAGCCCUUUUAAUUCACUUAUUGAGAAUUAAGUGGCUGGGCUGGUUAAGGGUAGCUAGGACUCAGGCUCAGGUUCUAAUUCUUGUAACAGAAGAGUCCCAUCAGCCCUCCUAUCUGAAAGUCUUCCAACUAUGAACAAUAGUGCUUUUCUUUAUCAUUAAGUCUGUUAUAAUUCAUCAAAGGACCUGGGCAGAUUUCUGUCCUUAUUCUACAGAUGGUGAAUCCCAGGCUCACAGAGAUACAUGGAUUUUUAAUAUAGUUAAGUGUAACUGCUCACUGUAAAUGAAGUUCAAAAGAUGCCACCUAAGUCAAACAUAGUGGCAUAAGACUAUAAUCAUGGUACUUAGAAAGUGCCAGCAGGAGUUUCAGGAUUUCAAAGUCAUUCAAGUUGAGAGUGAUGAAUGGGGUAUGGAGGGAGACCCACAAAACCAAGGGGAAUGAAGAUUGUGCCAGGCCAAUGCCCAUAGUCUUUCUUGAAGCUCCAGAACUUCAGGGGGUAUGACACCAACAAGUGUUAGCUCUGGAGCUCAGGAUUGAGCUCUGUCCCCUUACCAGUGACUUCUUCCUUGCGGCGUAAGAGGCCAGUUGAGGAGCUCUGGGAAGUGGGAGUUCCACUCCUUUUGUAUUCCAAGCCCACAGCAUUCGUACCAACUAAAGGGUGUCUCUUUAUUUGUGCAUGGGGCUGGGCAAGGAGAGAAGUACCCAGAGCAGCCCAUUGGCUAGGAUGGUUGUUUAUCUGCCUCAUCCCCACCUACAUCCUAGAGGCUGAAUCACAGAGCCAGGGGAGGAUGUUGCAGGUCUAAGUGAACUGAGGAGCUCAAGCUCACAUGGUGAUGAGCAUACCCUGCUUACCUGGGACAGAGGCUGAGACUUGGUGCUAGGUUUUCUUUGUGUGGCUGAAGGGCCAGCAGAGUAAAGGCAUCAUUGGCUUAGGACUCCAUGGGCCACACAUCUGCUCCCUGCUCCCUGCAUGCUGGGACCACACAAGUUUUCCUCCUAUCCCUUACAGUCUCUUUCUGCUGUCUUCCUUUUCCCUUGAUUUCACCCUGUCCAGUGCACUCCUCAAAUUCAGUAAGCUGUCAGGGUAAAACAGAACCAGCCGGCAGCGCAACCACGAUGGAGGAGUGGAGGCUACCUGGUUUGCAGUCUGUGGCUAGAGCCCAGACUGGUGUGUAAGUUGCUGGGAUUCUCCCAUCUCAGCCUCUUUAACUACCAGAAUUUUAAUCAACAUGGGCCACUAUGCCUGGCCAGAGGAUGAUUGUCAUUGACAAAAUUACGUCUUCCUUCAACUGGUAAGUGAGCAAAUAACCGUGGGAGAUUAUGAUAUUUGCCAGUUAUAACUCAGAACUCACAGCAGCUCAUUUCACAUAGAUGAUAAAAUAGGUAUUUAUAAAAUUCUAUCCUAGGUAUGUAAUAAUGGAAAAACGUGAUAAAUUGGUGGGUUAUAUUUCCUGAGAAUCCGAAGUCCAUCUGUUUCGUAAUUUAGCCCUUUAAUUUCCUCUAAGAUAUAUUUUUUUCACUGAUUCUGGCAUUGGGUAAAAGAAUCACCUUACGAAGAUGCAAACUUCUUUGCAGUACACAGUCUAGAACUCACACCUGUGCCACAGGUGCUGUACUAGGCUCAGCUUCCCAAAUGGCUGCAGUUACAGGCAUGAGCCACUGUUUCUGAUUGCAGAUUACUUUUCCAUUGGCAACACCUUCUUGUAGUUACCAUUUAGAAUGGUGCAGAUGUUUUCAUAGGCUAAAUUUUAUAUUCUGAUAAAGGUUCAAUUUAGUCAUGACAAAUACACGAGUAUAAAAAUCCCUGAGGCUUUUUUUUCCCCGGAAACAAUAUCUCUUUUGUGUGAGUAGUACAUGAAUAACAGAAUUGUUACCAAUGCUAUUUUAGAAAUGUUUCUUGAACAGUAAACAUUUAAUGCAUCCUUGCUGGCUAGCUGUUCUCCAACUAGCUAGCUAUUGACCAAAAACUGAAUUGGUAUAGAGACAAAUGGUUAGUAAUAGAAGUAUGGUUAAUUUACUGAGGAAGUAAAAGGCCCUCUGGUGAGUAGAAGUUGGUUACUGGAAAAGGAGCACAAGAACUCCUGACCACCGAAGUCCUCAUUGAGGUCCUCUUCCUCCUUUUCAUUCAUUUGUCUGUAAUGUACAUUGGUUUUUAUGCAUGUCUACAUGUGUGGAGGCGUAUUGUUUGUACCCAUAUGUGUGGAGGCGAGAGACUGAGUUUUGAUCUUUGUCUUAGAUGCCAAUUUUCUAUUGACGGGAGGAGGCUAGGAAGUGAAAACAAAAGCGUUGUUCAGUGCAUGGUGUUCUAGUGCAUGAUGGGGCACAUGUAGACAACAAAUGUGGAGCAAAGGAGUCCUUAGAGCAAAAGUCUUGGAGAUUUCAGGUGGGGGCCUGAGGUGAGGCACUAAGACCCAGCAUAGCUUAUCUCACCAGCCUGCAACUGUCACAGCUACCUGCUGGCAACGACUUUCCUAGCACCUGGUGUUCUGUUCUUUUGGUUCUUGUGCUUUCUCAAGACAGGCUCUAGGCUGAUGCAAAUUUACAUGGGUCUUCCAAGUCUGACCAUUUAAAAGUGCCAGAUUCCUUUAAUGCCUUGCUAGUUUUAAGAAAAUUCUUAAAUCUCCUCUGGAAGCCAAUAAACAUGUACAGUAAGUGUCAAUAACACAUCACAACUAACACACACCGUGGAAGUCUGGUGUCGCCCCUUUAGUAUAAAUGAGGUAAUCCCCAGAGGGCUGAGUGAUGGCAGGAAGUUUAUUGAUACCUAUGUUUUGUUUUAUGCCAUAGUAACAAAGAAGUCACAUGGGAUUUACAUUUUAUGAAACCAUUAGCAAAGAAGAGGGCCAAGGCUGCUUUCAUUGGGAUAAGGUCAACAGCCAAGAUAGGAGCAAACCACAUUGUUCCUUUCUGCUCAAGGUUAGUUCAACCCUGUGUGAGGGUGAGCCCAUCCCCCAAUUGGGCACAAGGCCCUGUAGGAUACACAUCUCACAAAUUAAAUGUGCACUGUUAUACUAUUUUCUUUGAAGAGUCACUUUAGUUAGUAUAGUGUGGCUAUAGGAGGAGAUGAUGCCUAUGGCCUAGACAGAUAGAUCUUAAAUAGCAAAGGAGUACAGGAAAGAAUCCAUGGUCUCCAUCAGAGACAGUUGAAUCCAUAUGUCUUUACAUAAGAAUUUUAACUGUGGAAGCUAAGCACUGUCAUCCAGGGGUUUUAACUUCUCAGUCCCCAAAUACAAGAUGUUGCUUGGCCCAAUUUAUCCCAGUUGAGUAUGCUGUACCCUGAGAUCAAAUGAAUCUGUGCCUCUCCAUGUAAGCUGGAAUUUAAAACUUUUGGAAACCCUUUGAAAGAGUUCAUCCUAAUUAAAACCUUGGUAGCUUUUUUGGCACUUUUACUCAGAAAAAAACAUUGCCUUGUGAUAUUUUCUAAGACAGUCAGACAUAGCCACACCAAGAGACUGACUUUGAUCCUUCCACCAGACCUGAUGCAAGUUUUCCCAGAUUCUCUCAGUGGGUUGGGUGGGGAGGGAUACAAUGGAAAGUGCCAUGCAUGCAGAAGAAAGAUAGAGACACAAACCUGAGUUUGAGGUCUCCCAUUGUUCACUCUCUUUAGUCAGGUCAGGGCAGGUUAUAUUACGGAAGCCUGUAGCUCAGGCAGAGGACUUGGCUCACUUCUGCUUAAGAGAAAUACUUUCUUUCUUCAGUGUCUUUGUUUCUCUUUUUCUUUAGAGCUCAUUCUACCUAGGUUGUUUUCCCACCUUGGUUUACAGUGCACCUAGUGUCCAUUUAUGGAGAUUUCUUGCACCCAAGUUUCAUGUCAAAUAACAUGUCUCAACCGCCCCCCCCCCCCCAUCCCUAUGACCUGACUACCAAAGAAACACUUUCUUCUUCCCCAUAGCAUGUCUUACCAUUGGUCUGUGUACAGCCUGGUCCUUGUUGCCCUGGUAAUUUCCUUGUACCACUGUCAUUAUGAUGUCCAGAGGCUUCCAUCCCUGGGGUUCUUUUGCUCAACUGCAGAGUUCCAGAGGCACAGGGCCACAACAGAAGCAGGUGGGAAGCAUUUAUCCUAUGAGACCAUCUGAGGUGGUUCCUCGGGUGAGCAAAAUUCUUAGAUUAACCUGUUAAUUGCAACAAAUAAGUGUCUGGGCAAGGCAAACUCUUCUCUUGCUCUAGCAGGUGUGCUCUUGAAAAGGGAAUUUACCUAGACAGGAACUGCACUUAAUUUUAUCCUGAGGUAAGUGGUGACUGUGUCUUUUCCCCAAUAUCUGGCAUCAGUCCUCACAAUCAUUAUGUGAGUAUGAAGGAAUUGGUGCAUAGGAAAUGAAGGGGGAGGGAGGAACUGCUCCAGGCCAUCAAAUUCCUAGAAUUCGGAGUUGGUCCUGGGAAUAAAUAAUAUUUUACCGGGUGGAGGAAGUAUUGAUAAUUGAAUUCCAUAUCCUAACCUCAAGUUUGAUAUUACUUGAUAGAAAAGAUUCAUAUUGGAUAUUUCUUACAUCACUGUGUCUGCAUUUGUUGACACCAAAGAGAAAACAGGGGUGGUAGAAGCAUAGCAGUCUUCUCUGAUCACCUCCAUAUCCAGAGAUAGCUCUAGAGAGUGGGGCCUCUCUGUUGGCCAUAAGAUCAGCAGCUGCAGAGUCAAUAACGUAAAAGAUUAGGGUUCACCUUAAGUCAGUUUGGGAGGAGUUGUGAAGUCUUUGUGUACUUAAUCUCGAUACAUAUAGAACCAUACACAGUUGGAUAACAUCUGCCAAUAUUGCACUUUUCCGGGCUGAGUUUCCUCUGUCCUUUGUUUAAAACUUCACUAUACUUUUGUGAUUUUUUUUCUUGACUUUUUCUUUCCAUCAGUUUAUUUGUUCACAAAUAUGUCACCCUUUCUUGAUUGUUGUAGUUUUGUGCUCAGUAGAGAGGUCAGAUUGGGUUAAUGUGUGCAUUAUUUCUUCACAAUCCUAUUGAGCAUUACGAGUUUUUCUGCUUUCCAUAUAGCUUUAGAAUCAGCUUCUCUUUUAUCGAUUGUUGGGAGUUUUCCUUGAGUGUGUUGAAGUUAUUGCUGCAAAUUCAACAUACCGGACAUUGUAAUAUUAAUUCAUCUUGUUCACAAGGAUCAUUGAAUAUCUCACCAUUUAUUUAGUUCUUUGAUUUUUUAAAAAGAUUUAUUUAUUUAUUAUGCACACAGUGUUCUGCCUGCAUGUGUACCUGCAUGACAGAAGAGGGCAUCAGACCUCAGUAUAGAUGGUUGUGAGCCACCAUGUGGUUGCUGGGAAUUGAACUCAGGUCUUCUGAAAGAGCAGCUAGUGCUCUUAACCUCUGAGCCAUCUCUCCAGCCCCGUGUUUUUGAUAAUAUGUGAAAGAUUUAGUAUAUUGGAUAAUAAUUACUUUAGGACUUCACAGGUAGCUCAACACAUACUCUUCUUGGAGAUGACCUGUGAUCAGAUCCCAACAUCCAAGUCAGGAGGCUCAUAGCUACCUGCAACUCCAGAUCCAGGUGAUCUGACACACUUCUCUGGGGUGUCAUUUACAUUCACAUGGAAGACAUUCUCUUUUUUACACACAAAUACACAUAAAAAUGGGAAUAUUUUAUUUUGCCAAAAGCACUUAUGGCUUAUAAAUGAAUUAGAGCAAAACAUGUUGCUUUAUGUAUAAUAGACAUCAUACAACUUUUCUUUAAAAAUCUGUUAUCUUGCUUUGGGUUUUUAAAAGGUUUACCUUACCUUAUCUCAUUAUAAUACAGAAUUACAUCUAAUCUUUAAUCAUUGGAAACAUGCAAUAGUUGAUAACUGAUCAUAAAAGCCAUCAUUUCCUUUAUCAUAAGAGAAUGAAAUAUUUUUUAUUGGUUAAAAUUAUUAUCUCCAAAAUUUAAACAUCAGAGUGCUCCAAGGAAAUCUCUCCAAGUUUGGAAGGAUAGUCCCCCAAACACACCAGUUUCUAUUAUUGGGAAAUUAGAGCACUAGAGUGCACACAGUGUGAGUGCUUGCCAGUAAUUUCUUAAAUAAUAAAAAAUAAAUGUCUUAUUAUUUUCAUUAGAAUCUUAUAGUUUUUGUUUAAAGGACCAUGUUAUAUUUGUAGGUUUGUGUUUGUGUCUUUCAUCAAUAGUGUUGUCUAUGUUGCAAUAGUUUUGUUAGUUAUAGACUUAAGUAUUUAUUAUUCUUUUUUAGAAAAUGAUGGACUUGCAUGUACUUUUAAAUUCUGAAAAUUGGCUACUGUAUCUUAUUACUUUCUAGAAAUUUGUUCUUUGGAGGAUCUUUCUGUAAAGAAGUAGUAUUGUUUUUGUCUUCUCAACAUCACUGGCUUUCUUGUUCUCAUUUCUUGGCAUAUCUGUGUUUUCCAAUUGUUGCUACAUUUGCUUGUGCUUUUGCUAAUUAAAUGAUUGAUAUAGUUAAUACAUUGACUUUGAAUUGUUCAAUAUUAUUAUUUUCUGUGUGUCCUAAUUAGCUUCAGCUAUCAAUGUUACAUACCCUAGUAUGAUCUGAGGAGUACCAGUUUAGGGCUGGCCAAGAUCAGAAUCAUCUGUGGCUAUACCUGAGAGAUUACCUUGAUUGUUGAUUGAGUGGGAAGGCCUAAUCACUGAGGUUGUCAGUAUCCCUAAGCAAGUGGCCUAGACUAGAUAAGAGAGUAAGCUGAGCAAGAGACAUUGACCAGGUAAAAGAAGGUGCAAGCAAACAAUGUCCCACCAUGGGUUUUUAACCUUCAUUUGCUAGCCUGAGUUUUUUUUUCCUUUGAGUUCUCAAAUGAUUGAAUGUGUCCUGGCAGUUUCAGCCAAAUAAACCUGUUCAUAACCUCAUUUGCUUUUGGUAAAAGGAUUUAAUCAUAGAAACAGAAAAGAAAUUCAGAACAAAGAUUGGUAGCCUUAAAAUGAGGUUGUUGCUAUAAGAAUCUGCAAAUGUUGUAUUUUGGAAGAAUUCAAAAGAUAGCAGGACUCUGGAUAUCAAAAGCAAUUGCAAGCUCUACACAGUUCUUAAAGGGCCAUUCCAGGAAAAACUGGAAAAUGAGAGUGCUGAGAGUAAUUUAGAUAGUGGAGGUCAAGGUCAUGAGGAUUCAGUGGGAAAUAAACUACAUUAAAAAACUAGGCUAGAGGUCAUGUGGUAGUUUGAAUGAGAAUGGUCCCUAAAAGGUUAUAUAUCUGAAUGCGUAUUCCCCAAUUAGUGGAACUGAUUGGGAAACAUUAGGGGAUAUGGUGUAGUUGGAGAUGUGUCAUUAGAAAUGGGCUCUCCCUUUCUGCCUGCCAAGUGUGUAAACUCUCACCUCCACGCUUGCUUACUGCCAUCUUUCCUGCCAUGAAGAUAAUGGACUAAUCCUCUGAAAAGUGUAAGCAGCCCCCAAUUAAAAGCCUUCUGUUAUAGUAGUUGAUUUGUCAGAUGUCCCUUCACAGAAGUAAAACAGUAAUUUAGACAGGUCAUCUGUGUAAUAUUUUGGCAAAGAAAUCUGUCUGCAUUCUGGCUGUGGCUUGAGAAACUUAGGCACAAUUAAAAAGUAAUGGCUUCUUUGACAAAACAUUGAGUCAGUGAUAUGGUUAGUCCUUAUGAUUCAUAUGGAUCUAUAGUAAAAAGAGCAACAAUUGGGACAAAAGUAAUGAAAUGUGUGUUUGGGGAGAAAAAAAAACAAGUCAUUUUAAAAGGAAAGAGGAAAGUAGGGUCACCCUUCUUGUUUCAGAGCCCAUUCAAUAGGAUAUGGCAUUGCAAGAGAAAUGCCUCCUAACAGAUAUUCAGAGCCACAAACAGAACAACAGGAUUGAGUGUGCAUCAAAGAAACAGUAUCAACAAUUACCAACUUCAAAAAAGGAUCGACAAGCUGAGCCUGAUGGCUCAUGCCUUUAAUCCAGAACUUAGGUAGCUUUAGUUGGUAGUCACAUACUAAAACAGAGGCAGUAAUUUUGAAGGAGUUUUAAUUUUUGACAUAAUUUUAAUUAAAGAAAAGACACCUAAGCUUAAUUGUAAGCAUAGGAAAUGUGCCCCAGGGCUAAGACCCCACUCAGCUAAGGCUUCAAGUUAGGGAAAUAAAAGGCAAGCUGAAUUCUAGCCACAGAAAGCAACUUCAUACAGAACCUGCUGCUACUCUGUUCCAAGUGGGUCAGAGUCCAUUCUUAGCCAUACCCCCAUAUGGUGAUAUCAUCUGAAUGCUACUUUCUCUAGAAAUAAGAGGUCUCCUUAAUAUCAUUGUGUCUGCGCUUAUACCAUCUUACAAUAAAAAAUACAUGGAGUGUUUGGUUUGUAUUUCCAAGGGAUUAGACAUAAAUAUUGCUCUCUACAAUAUGUUAAUCAUUUAAGCCUAAUAGAAUAUAGUUUAAAAACAAUUUAAUGUAGCCUGUGCUAUUUCGAAUUAAUUACUACUUUGGCCAUUGGAAAUAUAUAAUAGGUGCUGAGCAUCCAUCCUAAGAUGGAUGACACUACACUCAGUGUCAGGAAUUUAUGCUUCAUGUGAGCAUGUUUAUUGUCUCAGAUACAUGAUAACUACUGCCAAUAACUUGAUAUUUUGUAGCAAACAUUUCUGGUGACUACAAUUAUCAUCAACCCACUUUUCAAAUGAAAUAAAGUAAUUAUUCUUA